AUGCCGAGUAUGGAACAGAUGCGAAGGCCAUUUGCUAAGAAAAAUGCCAAUACAGCAUACUACACUCUUUCGAUCAUCAUCGGCACUGUCGCCCUGAGCUAUGGAAGUGUGCCGCUCUACAAGACCAUCUGCCAGCAGACCGGAUGGGGAGGGCAGCCCAUCAAAUCUGCUGCUCACUCGAGCCCCGACGACGAAGAAUCCGUAGCCGCCAAGCUUACGCCGGUGACCUCUUCGAGACGACUGCGUAUAACUUUCGCGGGCUCUACAUCGGACAUCCUGCCGUGGAAGUUCACGCCACAGCAAAGAGAAGUCAGAGUGUUACCAGGUGAAAGUGCUCUUGCUUUCUACACAGCAACCAAUUACAGCAAGGAUGAGGACAUCAUCGGAGUGGCAACUUAUAGUGUCACUCCGGCUCAGGUCGCGCCAUACUUCAGCAAGAUCCAAUGUUUCUGUUUUGAGGAACAACGUUUGAACAAAGGCGAGACCGUUGACAUGCCUGUCUUCUUCUACAUUGACCCAGACUUCCUUAAGGAUCCGAAUAUGAAGGGCAUCGACACUAUUACACUCAACUACACUUUCUUCAAAGCGAAGUACGACAAAAAUGGCCAUCUCGCACCAAUGCCCAUGCCAUAUUAA